GAAAAGCGAUUGAAAAGGAGAAAAUCUGGUGUUUCUCUGUAAUUAAAGGAAUAUGGUUGCAUCCUGGCUGAGUUUUGCACUUCUUUGGGGAACUUUUUAUGCAGGACCAAGCCAUGGAGAGGUGGAGACCAGGGAAUGUUUAUACUACAACGACAACUGGGAGAGUGAAAAGACCAAUCAGAGUGGAGUGGAGCAUUGCGAGGCUGAGAAGGACAAACGACUACACUGCUAUGCAUCCUGGCGCAAGAACUCUACCACGGGUAACAUCAAGCUCGUGAAAAAGGGCUGCUGGUUGGAUGACUUCAACUGCUACGACAGACAAGAGUGUGUGGCUACUGAAGAGAACCCCCAGGUCUUUUUCUGCUGCUGCGAGGGCAAUUUCUGCAAUGAGAGAUUCACCCACCUGCCUGUUGUCACCAGACCCGCGGUGGUCCGCCCACCUCUACUCAACAUCCUAGUCUAUACACUGCUUCCCAUUACUGUACUCUCCAUGGCUCUGCUGCUGGCAUUCUGGAUGUACCGACAUCGCAAACCGCCGUAUGGCCACGUGGACAUUAACGAGGACCCUGGCCCAUCCCCUCCAUCCCCUCUGGCUGGCCUUAAACCUCUGCAGUUACUGGAAAUCAAAGCCAGGGGGCGCUUUGGCUGCGUUUGGAAGGCACAGCUGAUGAAUGAAUACGUAGCUGUGAAGAUUUUCCCCAUUCAGGACAAGCAGUCAUGGCAGAACGAGCGAGACAUCUUCAUCACUCCCGGGAUGAAGCACGAAAACCUGCUACGAUACAUCGCCGCCGAGAAACGAGGAACCAGCCUGGAGAGCGAGCUGUGGCUGAUUACCGAGUUUCACGAGAAGGGGUCCUUGACUGAUUAUCUGAAGGGCAACGCCAUCAGCUGGAAUGAGUUGUGUCACAUUGCGGAGACCAUGGCUUGUGGGCUGGCCUACCUGCAUGAGGACGUUCAUCGUUACAAAGGAGAGGGGCCCAAACCGGCCAUUGCACACAGGGACUUCAAGAGCAAGAACGUGAUGCUGAAGACCGACCUGACAGCCGUGAUCGGGGACUUCGGGCUGGCGGUCCUGUUCGAGCCAGGCAAGCCCCCUGGGGACACUCAUGGCCAGGUAGGGACGAGGAGGUACAUGGCGCCAGAGGUAUUGGAAGGGGCCAUCACGUUUCAGCGAGACGCCUUCCUGAGGAUAGACAUGUAUGCCAUGGGCCUGGUGCUCUGGGAGCUGGUGUCGCGCUGCAAGGCCGCAGACGGCCCUGUCGAUGAAUAUAUGUUGCCGUUUGAGGAGGAGAUUGGGCAGCAUCCAUCCCUGGAGGAUUUACAAGAUGUUGUUGUCCACAAAAAGAUGAGGCCAGCUUUCAAGGAUUGCUGGGUAAAACAUGCUGGCCUAGAGCAGAUGUGUGAGACGAUCGAGGAGUGCUGGGACCAUGACGCGGAGGCUCGUCUGUCUGCAGGGUGCGUGGAGGAGCGCAUCUCCCAGAUCCGCAGGCUAACGAGCGGCACUACCUCGGACUGCCUGGUCUCCAUAGUGACGUCGGUCACCAAUGUGGACAUGCCACCCAAAGAGUCCAGUAUCUGAGUCUGUCGUGGAACAAAAGCGGGGGAAAAACCGAAAACGAGAAUACUAAGCUUCGUCUUUCUUGACUCAGUGGAUCUCAGAAAAAAAAACAUGAAUGCAGCUGCUAUUUUAUCCUGACAUUUUUAAUUCAUUAUUUUUUCUUUUUGGUCGGAUCAAUAUUACCAGCACAUUUCUCUACUGUAUUUUUUCCAAGAGUGAAAACAGAAGCUAAAUGUACAUCUCUAAUGCAUUCAGGUGCCGACUUAUGAAUGCUGACAACGGUGCAGGUACCUCAACUCUUUCAUUUCAGUCAUUUUUUAUUUUAUUGUUCCUCUUUUAUUUUGUCUCUUGAACAGGCCUGCCUGUGAAAAAAAAAAACAAGCAACCAUCUUCUAUCUUGGACAAUAUAAGAAUGCUGCAAAACCUUGGAGGAACACCAAGACUGUUACACAAUUUACCUUCCUCAAGGGAUUAUUGUUUUGUUUUGUUUUGUUUUGUUUUGUUUUGUUUUGAAAGCGAGUGCUUAACAAAAUAAUGACAAACGUGUCUUUUACGGAACUAACGGGUGUCUCUAGAACACGUCAAAAAAGUUGGAGGCAACGGGACUAAUUUCUUUUGUCCGAUUGGACUGGUAUUUCUUUCAAAGUCGGUGUACCAGUUUUGCGGAAAGGGUGAAAGACAACUUAAAAAAAGAAAUGGUUUGCAUUUUGAGAUUGGACAGUUCUUUUAGUUUGGUACGGAACUUCUUCUCAGGUAACCGGUAUAAAGGGGCAGAGCUUUUGAGGUAAGGUGUUGUCAGCAUCGACUGAUCGCUGUAAUGAGAGAGUGAGGACCCACACUUGUGGAGGUUGGGGUGGACAGCAAGGGGUGGGCAGGGCUUAUCCAGACAUUCAUAGCCACCUACGGCAGGCAGUGGAGCCAAGGUUAAUAGGUAGUACAUUGUGGAAGGUGCCCAAACAAUAAACAGUAUAAGACAACGACGACUACAACAUUAGGUGGAAGACCAUGGUGAAGGAAUAUAUAUGUGCGUACUGUUGUAUAUAUGUGUGCAUUUGUGUGUUUGGUUAAGACCAUGAAGUAUGUACGUAUGUAUCAGUGGGCUUAAACAGCUGUCUAAAUGAUGUCCAACUUUUUUUCUUUAUUUAAUCAACGUGCAUUUCCAAUUACAGAAGCUAAGGACCUAGACACAUUCUUUUAGCAGAGACAAGCCUCGGUCCUCAGAAAAACCUUUUCAAUCAGAGCAGUGAACUGGAGGGUGAAAAGAACAGUUCAUUCACCUUUGUCAGGUCCCAUCAAUUAUACCUCGACUCACAGGGACCAAUUAUGGGUGUAUGCCUGGUAGUUCCAGCAUUGCUGUGAUGUUUUCACAAGUGGAAAGAUCUGUAGAUAAACUAUUGACUUUCAGAUUUUGACUGGAUGAUCUGUUUCAAUAUACAGAUGAGGAUCGAUUACGUCUUAGUGACACAGGUAAAAUAAAAAAAAUCUCAGUAUGCCAUAAUCUUUCAGUGAAUGUCUGUAAUGCUGCUGUUUCAACUCAAAGGUGAAUAUAUGUUUCAAAAUACAGUGGGCUCCAGAAUUAUUGCCACCCCUGACUGGCAAUGCACAUAAAAUACAGAAUUUUUUUUACAACGUCAUUGAGAACUGAAAAUGCCAAUGCAAAAAAUGUUUCAAUGAAACCAACCAAAACAGUCAUUUAAUAAAAAACUAGAUUUCACCAAAAUCAAGAUUUCAUAAUUAUUGGCACCCCUGGUUUAGUACUUGGUUCUAUCAUAGCAUCUUCGUUCAAUCAUAAUUUAAAUGACCAAAUGAGACCAAAAUUUUAGGUUUUGAUCAAAUACUGUACAGUAUGGGAAUUUUUGGCAUCAAAACAGCAUAAAAAGAGAGGCGCCACAUACCCAUGGUGAAAAAUGGUGGUAAGUCAGUGAUGUUCUGGGGUUUAAAUUCCAGAGGUCCACUGGUCACUGGUUAAGAUCAAUGGAUUCCAUCAAGUAUCAGGCAAUUUUACCUGACAAUCUAGUUGCCUCAACCACAAGGCUGAGACUUGGCGGUAGGUGGGCUUUUCAGCAGGACAGUGACCCAAAGCACACCUCAAACUCCACACAGAAAUGGUUCCAUGACAACAAAAUCUAUGUUCUGCCAUCUCAGGUGCUGGACCUCAAUUAAAUCGAAAAACCUGUGGGCUGAACUGAAGAGGGCAGUUGAUAAGCGCACACCCAAGAAUGUGAUCUUGCAAGGAUCUGCAUUGAUGAACAGUCUAAUAUCCCUCCAAAUGUUUUCCUUAACCUUGUCAAGCAUUACAGGAAAAGACUCCAUGCUCUUAUCCUUGCCAAAUGUGGAUGCAGCAAGUACUAAACCAGGGGUGCCAAUAAUUAGGGAACCUAAACUAUUUUUAUUUUAUUAAAAGACAGUUUGAUUUUCGUUGGUUCCAUUGAAACAUUAAUAAAGUAUAGUAUUUUCACAUGUUGGCAUUUUUAAUUUAUGUCAAUAAUAAUAUAUAUAAUUUUGUGCAUUGCCAGUCAGGGGUGCCAAUAAUUCUGGAGCCCACUGUAUAUGUUCUUUUUGCAUGUAGAACAUGCAACUCAGUAGUUUUAAGUGUACAAAUACAAACACAUGCAGAGAAACCAGGCUUCCGAGGUCAGAAUCAAACAACAAAAAAAUAAAAUCACUUAAAAAAAAUACAGAAUACAACAUUUUUUAAGAAAUUAUAGUUCAUGACCACAAACCACCUCAAACCAGAAAUACCUCAGAUUUUCUAUGUGCAUUAGUUCUGUUAUAUAUUUUGUUAGUUGUGUUGUCUUGUAUUAGGUAUAUUUUAAUGUAAAUUUGCUUUCAUGACUAAGAAGUUGUGGGGAAAAAAAGAAUGAGUCCAAAAUCUUUUAGG